GAAUGGCAUGCUACCACGAGGCGGCGCUGUUUUCUCAUUUAUUAAUAUGCGCGUUGUUCUAAAAUUUACUCUAGCGAACCUUGAUACGCGUAAAGUGCUUGGCAUAAAGGUCCUUGACAAUAUUGGUCUCAAAGUGCUCUCCAUGUUGAUCUGAAAAGUAAUAAGCACUUGUUGCAUAACAUUUCAGAGACAAAACACUGGCUAAUUGUCAUAUUUUUAUAAUAACUCGGUGGUUCUAAAUAAUUUAAAACAACAUUACCGACGGUCCUAUCUGAGUUAUCUACGGCUUUAUCUUUCAAUUUGUUUUGUAUUUUACCAGUGAUAUGAUUAUUCAACAAAGUAUGCCUUUACAAAAAAGUUUAUAAAAGUAUGCCUUAAGUAUACUUUUUCUGAACUAAAUCCCAGAUAACGGUCCACUUUCACUUUACUUUCCCGAAGUAAACUUAGAUCACGGUUUACAGUACUUCACCAAUUUAGGAUAGAAGGUUUAUUAGUAACCUGCUUAAAGAAGUAUAGUUCCGGGAAAUUAUGCAUACUUAAAAUUGGGCAAUUUAGUUCUAGAAAGUACUUAAAUAUACCAAAAUAAAAUAAAAGGGAUGAGUUUAAGCAUAGCCUACUUAAAAAGAAAAACUACUAUGGACUACUUUUUCGCGAGGGCAGCCGUAGUACGACCUCUGCGCAGCAAAAUAUGACAACGACCUUUGAACAGGGUCGGUACACAACACACAACUCAUUGAGAAAGAAUGAAUAAUUUUGCCGGCUGCUCGAAGUCCGGACAGCAAGCUAGUAUGGAAAAUCGUUUCAGUUUCAUAUCACGUAUUUAUUGAUUGAUUGAUUUAUAAGCUUUCCUGGUGUGUGUUUGAAGAUUUGUCUUCAAGUCCGGCAUUUGGAAUGAACGAUUACUUCCCUAAGAAAACAAUAUAUCGUUAAAAACAACUUAAACUUUUGAUUGGCACGUUGGCAACAUGGUAUCCUUCAUUGGCUCGGGGCUGUCAUGGAUACCGGACUGGCUGACGUUAGAGACUACCCCCAUGAACAGCUUCCUACAAGGGCUGGUGGGUGCAUGUGGAAUAUCUGUCCUGCAUAAUCUGAUGAGAGUUCAUCUGUUCAUCAAAAAUAUUAGAGAUGGCGAUGAAACGAACGGCAAGGACAGAUCGUUGCGCACGAGCGGCGCCAGCGGCCGACUCGGCACGUGGCUGCAGUUCUGGUUCCUGACCGCGGUCCUCUCUCUGGUCGGCUCCAGAGUCGCCUCCCUGGUAGUUCUGGAGUUCUGCCUGAGAGCGAUCUCAGCGCGCCUUGCUGCCGGAUCGGAAUCCCGGUCCAGUACCCAGCAGCUCAUGGUCCAGUGCCAGUUCUCCCUGGGCUGCGCUUUGAGCUGCAGUCUCCACUUCCUCCACGAGGGGGCGCCGCAGCGCCUGCUCGCCCUCCUCCUCACGGCGGGGCUGAGCUGGCUGCUGGCCGGCCUGAGCGCGCGUCUCUGGGGGCACGUGAAGGCGCUGUACCCGCUGCACAGCUCCCAGCGCUACUGCGGCGUGUGCAUCGGGCUCCUGAGCUCCGGCCGCGCUCUCCCGUCGGCCCUGUCCCGCGCCCUGCUGCUCACCUUCGCCGUGGCCGCCAUUGCCGCUGUGUCCACCAUCAACCGCCACUUCCUGUCCGCCACGGAGGCCCUCAGGUUCUGGACGCCGCUGACUAUCUGCUACACGCUGCUGGUGGUCUACAUGCAGGACGAGCAGAACCGGCACCCGGGCGGCCCGGCGGCGCUCCAGACGGUGGUGGUGCGGCUCGGGGGCCUGAUGGUGCUGAUGCUGACCGUGGGUCGCUGGGGCGACGUGCUCCACAUCCUGGUGUGCUUCCUGGGCGAAGCCGGCUGCCUGGUGCCUACGCAGGACCUGCUGGACGCCGCCGCGCCACAGGAUGCGAGCGAAGAAAUUCCCAGAAAUCCCAGAGGGCAGUUGCCCGGGAACCAGAGGAGGCAUACGGGGACAUCCCCACCACCUGAGUCCUGAAAGGGAACAGCUAUCUGAAGAAGCUGAGCCUCUCUCUCCUGGGUGAUCGUCCGCAUUACGUAUAACCCUCAGUGAGGUGUGCAGCAUUGUUGACUUGUGAUUACAACAAGAAAUGGACAUGAGAAAUGAAUACAGGAAGAACAGGAGCAAAGCGGCCAUUAUGGGUCCCCCUUAAAAUAAAAGGAGAUCUGUGCGCCCUUUAAAAAAAAAAAAAAAAAACAUUCAUUCAUUAUAAUGAAUU